AAUCUCUACGUUAAUGCCUCCUAACCCUACCUGAUUAAGCUUAAAAGGUUUAAUCCCUUAAAGAAAUGAAACAAAUUUAAGACCGUCGGAUCAAAAAAAGUGACCGUUGAGGUGCUCCUACGGCUCCAUUCAAACCGUGUUGAAAAAAACGUUUUUCAAGAAAAAAAGGAAAAAACAGCAAAAAGCAUUCAAUUCAAAACAUUCUAAAGAGACAGAACAACCUUUCUUCUUCUUGAUCGUUUGGUGGCUCUCUUUGAUUUCAAGUUUCUUUCACCAAUGUCCAAAAUGAAGUCCGAUCGUAGGCCUCCACUCGCUAAAUCGCCGAUCAGGCUCCGUCCCUGCCGUGUCCUUCAACCCUACACAACCUCUGUACAAACUCCUCCAGGUUCUUUGACUAAAUCCCAGAAGCCUAAUCCCACAAAAAACAUGGAAGAAUCGGAUCUCCGCCCCGAGUACCGUACCAUAUCUUGGGAGUUACGUGCUCUAGCGAGAAUGGUUAAAGACGAAUUUGGAAAUGGAAAUUUAAAUGGUGCUGGGAUGACUAACAGUGUGAAUGCUAACUCGAGUCCCCUGUUUGAGAGAGGAAGGUUUUACGAGGUGUACUCAGCGAGGAGAAACGAGAGGCUGAAGAGAAAGAAAGGGGAGACGGAGGAAGAGGGAAAGACUACAUACAAUCUUGGAGUAACGGUUGAGUCUUCAAAGAAAAGAGAUUCGAAGAAAUUGGAAAGCUUGAGGAAAUCGGUUUCUGCUGCAUACUCUGUGGAGAGAACUGAGAAUCCCAGGUAUUCCUUGAGAAGCUUGAGCAAAGAGAACAAGAAGCCUCCUCUGGCUGUCAACUAUGAGAAAUCUGCGCUUGCAAGGGACAGAAAAAUUGGGGCUCGAAGGGUUAGGAAAAUCUGAAUGUUGGAAAGGUAGGUUUCUUUUUAGGAGUUUAAUGGAUUUGCUAUUUUCUUUGGGAUUAGGAAAAACUUGAUUCAAUUUGCUUUUGGGGUUUAAAUUGUUCUUGCUAUGGUUUAAAUGGAUUUUUGAACUUUGAUGAUCUCUGGCAAAUAGGUUGCAUCUCGAUCUUAGUUUUUUAUUGCAUGAGAUCAUCAAGUGGAUAUUAUUAAUUUUCUCCUGUUAAAAGUGGUCGGAGCAUGUUCAGAAACUGUAAUCUCUAUUAACCAAACAUGCAAUAAUAUCUCUUGCAGAUGGGUUUCAAAUAUAUAUAA